UUACGCCGCAGUGCACGAGUACCCUUAGAUCAUUUUUAUCAAAAUGUUUACUCACUGACACCGCUUAGUGUUCCCCUAUUUUACAACGCGUGCGGACGCGUCAACGGAGUUAAUUUAAAUAAAUUAAAUAAAAUAAAAGACAAUAUUUUUUUACAAAGUUAUGUUUUAGUGAUCAAAAAUGAAAGUGUUUCUAUGUGUUGUGCUUCUGACGGUAGGCGCUACCAUCAAAGCGCAAGAGGACGAUGCGAAUCCAGAUUACUUUCAAAAUGAUUACGACAGUUUCUACGACACAUACGUCGAUUCCAAUGAUGAAAACGCGGACGUAAAACAAGUAGAUACAAGCAAGUCGGCAGAAAUAGACGAUGUACAACAAGAUCCAGACACACAACCUCUACCAAGAUCAGAUGAUAUUGAUGCCGGUGUAGGUGUACCAACGUCAACAAUCACAGAUUUUAACGCCAUACCAGACUAUCAGAUCGAAGAUAACAGAUCGAAGGAACAAGGAGAAGAAAAUCAAGAACUACCAGCUGAAGAAAAUCAAGAGUUACCUGCUGAAGAAGAAGUUAAGACUGAUAAGGUAGAAGAUGAAAGUCUUGAAGAACACAAAGUUCUGCCCCUAGAAGAACCUGAUAAGUACGAUUCCCCUGAACAAAGUAAUGAAGACUAUCCAGAUUUUGAGGCUGAUAAUCCCUUAUGGCGCGAUGCAAUGGCCGAUGAUGUUGACCCGCUACCAGUGCCAGCAGCUGAAAAUGAUGAAGAUAUAUUUAAGGAGACUGAAGAUAUACUUAACAGCGAAAAAGAUACCCUCGAUGAAGAGAAGCCGUCAGAAGAUCUACCCGCUACUGAAAAAAAUAUUGAUGACAUCAUUGAAGAGACAAGCAAACUUUUAUCGGAAAUGAAUAAUGAGUUCGAUGACAACGAUUUUGACACUUCUAAUGAACAAGACCAAGAAAAGAGCGAUGAAGAUGUAUUUAGUGAAAAUAAUGAAGAUAUUGAGGAAGACACGCCGGCAAAAGUAUAUGCCGACCUCAACGCUGAUUUGGAUAAACUAAUUGAAACAUUUAAUAAAUUAAGUGAAGAUGAAUCUAAUGAAGAUGAAGAAAACCAAGACAUUGAUCAAGAGUCGCAAGAUUCUAAGCAAGUUGAUGAAUCCCUUGAUGCUUUUGUACCAGAUGAGAAUAUUGUAUCUGAUGAACAGAAAGAUGAUGAGCUUUUCAAAGAUGAAUUAGGAGCAGAUGAGGAUAUUGUCUCUGAUGAACAUAAAGAUGAUGAUUAUGUCCAAAUCGAAGAUAGCAAUUUGUCAGAAAUAUUUGCUGAAAACGAAAAAGAUGAAAACAAAUUAGAGUCAAAACAAGUUGAUGACAACGUUGAACAGGAGGAAAACAUGGGAGAAACUGCAACCACUGCUGCACCAAAAGAAAAUGAUGACGACAUAAAAGUGAUCGACUACAAAGAUAAUUACGAUGAGCUUACUGAUACUGAACCAAACGCAGAUGAUGAUAUCGAUAGUAUCAUAAAACAGAUAUUUACUGAAGACAUCAAAGAGCCACAGCCAUAUGGAGACGAUGGUUUGGUUGAUGAGAAGCAAACUGAAAAUGCAGAUGCAGCUGUGUUUGAAACAACAGAGAAUGCCGUUGAGCAAAGGACAAAGAUGGUCGAUGAUUUGAACAGUGCUGAGCUCGAACAGCUUAACAGACAGUUUGUUGCUACUCACCAGGACGAAUUAGACCCAAAUUCUGAUAGUUUUGCUAAACAUGUGGCACCUGUUCAUCUUACCUUGUCUGUAGAUGCACCUACCGUCAUACAAUCCCCUAACUUCCCUAGUCCCUACCCUCCAAACAAUGUCAUUGAUUGGAUUCUAGAUGGACCAGGUCAUGGCAUUGAGCUAAACAUAUCUAGCUUGGCACUCAAUUCAGUCGCUGGCGACUUUGUCCUUAUUAAACCAGGUGGUCUAGAUGCUGAGGGUUCAGACGGGCUGGUAUUCGCCCAUCGCCUGACAUCAGAACGCAAAUACAGGUUCACUGGAGUAGAUCGCGUCUUCAUCAGGUUCCAAGCCAACCAAAUCAACUGGCAAUUGCAGCCUGGGUUCAGCAUGUCUGUCAAAAUGAUCUGGCCCCUCCCUGAACUUCAAGAAGACCUGCCUGAUGCCGAGGCGGUUAUCCAGCCACCAAAAGAGACGCUGACCUUGAACCUGGCUGGACUCACCUUGGCUCAGUUCAAGGACAUUAAGAAUGACUUCCAGCUGUUAAUAGCUGACAUGGCUAAGGCAUACAUCCGAGACAACAAUAUCGAGCAAGGAUUAAAUACCACGUAUGAAGUCACGCAGAUCACCAGGACAGCAAUCUGCAACAUCCAAUGGCCAGACUAUGAGAACUGCGUUGAGGUGACCUUCGGUAUACCCUUGCAGUAUGAAGAAGAGGAUGAGGAGAAGGAGCCGAGGCUGUCCACAAAGGAACUGGAUGACAUGUGGACUACUUACAUCAUUAAAGACGAUUUUGCUGACAGACUGCGGUCUUUUGGUAUCACGGAGUACGCCAUCCCCGACGACCAGACGGUGUUGAUGGUGUGGCUGGUGAUCGCUGCUGGAGUCAUCAUCUCUAUGGCCAUGCUUGCCUUCGCUCUAUGGAGGUUCAGCUGCUUCGAGGAUUACACCAGGAUGAAGGCAUACGGCGACACGGACAGCAUACAGAAUGAGAAGCGCCACCUGGACCUGUACCCCGCGCCGCAUCAGACGCUCCCGCCGCUCUACUCCGAGAACGACUACAAGUGGGUCGACGACAAGUACGAUGACUCUACACGAGUGGACAUGGGAGGUUUUGCCAACAAGAGUUAUGUCCGAGAUGACCUCUUCGAUUUUGAAUCGGAUGAGGAUGUGAUCACACCACGAGAUAGGAAAGGCGUCACCAGUCCCCGAGACUAUUAUGACGCGUAAACAGUACGUAAGGAUUCCAAAAUUCGUAUCGAUAUCGAUGAAUCGGUCAAGGUUUAUCGAAAAAUCUUUAUUUAAAAAUAAAGGCUAGAUAUUUCGUUACAAUAUUUCCUGAAAGUUUUCGAGCAAUUCAUCGAUAUCGAUAUUAUACAUGUUAGUCUCAAAUUGAAAUAAAAUUAGAAUUUAUAACAAACAUUUUUUUACCGUUUAUCAAUUUUAAGUUCUAUUUCGUAGAUAUUAAAAUGAAAAUUAUAUUUGCAAGACUAGCUAGCCGGUGCAGCUACAAUUAAGUAUCCUAAUUAAAAAGUAGUAAAAUUCAAAUUUGAAUAACCAGGAUCUAAAUAUAGUGUUUGUUAGAAUUUCUAAUAAUAAUUCAUAUGCAGAAUACUUUGAAUUAAAAAUAACGUAGUACGUACAUAUAUUGUAAGUUUAAUUGUUGAUUUUAUGUGAUUUUAAUUAAAGUCAAUAAUUUGUUAAAAUUGUCAUUCAAAUAAUAAAUGAAAAAAAUAUUUGUAUGUAUAUCAAAUUAAUAACACGGAAAUUGAAGAGAAAAUAAAUGCAUUUAACAUAAAAUAAAAAGAUGAACAAAGAUAUUUAUGUUACGAUUUCAUUUUCAUUGAAAAUGAAAUAAUUUUAAAUGAACUCACUUUGUUACCUUUACUGAAAUGACAAUAUUCGCAAAUUAUUAUAAACAGAUAUUAUACCGUUGUAUACUUAAUAGAUAAACAUAUAAACAUAUUGUAGAUAUUGUAAAGUACAUGAUAUAAACGUUGUGAUUUUAUUAUUUUUAUAUAAAAAAAUCUUUAACCUCUGUUGUAAAUUAUUUCAUUUUAUAUUUUAUGUUUGCAAUUUUAUUUCACAAAUAAAUAAAUGGUUAUUUUUUAAUUUGUGUUUUUUAUUUCGUAUUU